GAACAGCGUCUGAAGACCUUUUUCUGGAAGGAGCGGGAAAAAAAAAAGUCGCACCGUCGAUGACGAACAAGCGAGCCCGUUCCACUGGUGCCCAUACAGGCCCAAGCCGUAGCGCCCCCUCACCAUGUCUCAGGGAUGAGAACAUUCGACAUGUCUGACGAGGGGAAGCUUUUUGUUGGUGGCUUGAACUUUGAGACCACAGAAGAAGUCUUGGAAGAGGCCUUUUCAAAGUAUGGGAACAUCUUGAAAGUUGAUGUGAUCAGAGACCGGGACACAGGCAGCUCCAGAGGGUUUGGCUUCGUGUCGUUUGAAAACCCAGAUGAUGCCAGGGAAGCCAAGGAAGCCAUGCAUGGAACGAGUCUCGAGGGCAGAACUCUCCGGGUAGAUGAAGCCGGCAAGUCUGGAUCGAGGUCCGGAGGAGGAUUCGGCCGGGGAGGCGGAGGCGGUGGAUUCUACCAGCAGAGGGGGAGCCGGGGUGGAAGAGGAGGAUACGGUGGGGGCGACAGGAGUUACGGAGACCGGAGCGGAGGUUACGGUGGCGGUGGAUAUGGCGGUGGCGGCGGAGGUUACCAGAGGAGCAGUGGUGGUGGAAGAUACGGUGGCAGCAGCAGCGGUGGUGGCGGCGGCGGCUACAGCAGAGACAGGGAACAGUACGGAUCCUAUGGCGCAAACGAAUAAAAAUCCUCCUGGUUCAAGACCAUCCUUCGCUGGCUGUAUUUAAAAAGAUGCACUCUUCGAAGAAUUUUUUUUUUUUUUUUUUUCCUCCCCUUUCUUUUUGGUGUUCUGAAAUUGAGGUUAUUUCUGUUUCAGCAGCAGAUAUUUGAUGCAUCAGCUUUAGGAGAUGCCUACUCUUGUAGCGUUUCAUUUUGGUCACUGUAAGAUGGUGAACUGUUCCCAAGGAUUUCUGUACCACAAGCUCAUCAUACAGUACUUUUGGCACAGAAACUGAACCAAGACUUUGCAGCUGUUUUUUAACAUUUCUAUAUACAAACAGGCUUGUUCCAUGAGUAAAUGUAUACUGGUAAACAGCCUGGCAGUGUUAAUGACUCAUUACCCCCCCACUCCCCAAACUGCAACCUGUUCAUAGUAGACUCUCAAAUCCAAAAUGCCUCGUUGGUUCCAUGGAACAACUCGCAAUUGUUAUUUGGCCUGUUUAAGCCCUGCCCUAUUUUUUUUUUUUUUGUUUGUUUUUUUUUUACAAUCUUGGGGUCAUGAUAGACUGUGACAUGCCUCAUCGUUUUCUGUAAUGGCAGUUUAGUUUAGCAAGGUUGGAAUUUGCAAUUCGCUCCUUUAAAUAAAUCGCUGCAAUAUGGGUAAAGGUUUUGUAACCGAAACCCGUACCCCUGCUACAACUUGUGCUUUUUGUUUUUGUUUUGUCUUCAUUUUUAAUGUUCUGCUUUCAUGGGCCGAAAUGGCCUCCUGCAGCUUGACUUUAAAAAUAACGUUACUGUCUAUAUUGUCAAUGUCUGGAAAGGAAUGUCCUUUUAUGUCUCAAAAUGGCCUUUAAGAGUUUAUUCUUUUUUUUAAUUUGUUUUUUGUUUUUGUUUUGUGGGGGCGGGGUACAUUCUGGCUUCAUGAAGCCUAUUAAACAGUUUGUUGAAAAUA